AUGGAAACAUAUGGUAAUGUAAUAAGUUGUAACAUAUCAUUAAAUAAAAAUAAACAAUCAAAUGGAUAUGGAUAUGUUGAAUUUGAAACUGAAGAAGAAUGUCAAAAGGUACUUGAUUCAAAAAGAGAGAUUCAAAAACAAAUAGGAGAUCAAAAUUUUAUUAUUGAACCAUUUAAUAAACCUGUUAAUAAACACAAUUGUAUUUAUGUAACAAAUAUUGAUUCAACAGUAGAAGAUAUUGAUAUUAUUACUUAUUUCUCAAAAUUUGGAGAAAUAGAAAAAAAGGAUAAGAAAAUAAAAUGUUUCUUUCGUCUUGAACAAACUCUCAAAAAGAAAAAUGGAUUUAUUACUUAUAUUAAUGAAGAAGAUGCUACAAAAGCAUUAAAUAGUCCAACAGAAAAUGUAUUAGGAAAAGAUAUUCAUAUCGAAUUAUAUAAAUCAAAAAAAGAAAAGGCACAAGAAAAAGAAGAAAAUCUAACAUCUCUGUAUAAAAACUAUAAUUUAAAAAUUAAAUUUAAGAAACGUAACAAGGUCACUCGAAAAAGUAUUUCUAAUUAUUUCAAAGGUUGUGGUAAAAUUUAUAGCAUCUAUAUUCAAAUGAAUAAGUAA